AUGGUCAUCUGCCCGUCGUCAUGGUUGCUCUCUCAGCAGACCAACUGCGCUACGAAGAACUCCAUGCCGGAGACACCAUCGAGUACUGCCCCGAGCAAAACAUCGUUCGCGUCCGUGGACCUGACGAAGCUCAAGUUUCCCGUGGUGGUGGCCACGCACGAGCCUAUCUCCCCCGAGUCGAUGAUUAAGCGGACGCACGAUGCGUCUGGCGUGGCUGUGGGCGGGUCCAAGUGGCGCAAAAUGUGCUCCAUGCUCGCCAACGACAACCGGGCGCAGCUACGCGAACGACUGCCUGCAAUUGAGGAGGAGGUGUUGAGAGAGCACCGUGAUCGCGGGGGCCUCUUGCACACGGCGCCCGAACUGCCGACUAACGGCGGGGGUACUCCGAUCUUCCGUGAAGUUGCUGAUCCUCACCUUGUGUACCCGUCGGUGGGCUGGAUCGCUCUUCGGAGCCGCAAGCAGCUCGCCUCGGUCUUCCAGUACUUCGACGACGUGUACAACCUGUCGUCGUACUCGCGCGCGUUCAUGGGAAAGGUCGUGCAUCUUCCGCUGGACGAAGAGCUUGAGCUUGAUGGUGUGACGUAG